AUGGGUACUGAUUCAUGGAGAGACCUGGAACCAAUCCCUUGGUAUUUUAGUAACGAAAUACCUUGGGAGACUCGUGCUAAUGGAACUCUUUAUUGGAUUGCAUCUCGAGAGCCGGAACGACAUGACCUGAUCGUAUCUUUUGCUGUAGAGGAUGAGGAAUUCAGAGAGAUCCCAAUGCCCAACACCAGUAGUGAAGAGGAAUUUCCCAUCGCGUUCAAGGAUGUGGGAAUUGUGAGAGGACGUCUCUCUUAUAUUGAACGUCUUCCUGAUAAUUUCAUUGAGGUAUGGGUUAUGGAGGAUUGUGGAAUUAAGGACUCCUGGGUCAAACUUUUCCGGACUAAAUUUGAUGUGGAUUUAAGAUACUCUACCCCCUUUUUAUUUUCAAAGGAUGGCGGAAUUGUACUAAUGGAAGAGUAUAGCAAGAAGUUUAUCUUCUAUGACCCAAAAAGAAAUGUGGUUAGGGAACUUAGAGCUUUUCUUGAGGCUGAAGAUGGGAUUUCUGGCCUACAGUAUGAUAGGGAAGUAACAAAGAACGGAUCAGGGAGGUGA